AUGUCCAGGUUAUUUCGAAAACUAUUUCUUUCUCAAAGGCCUGCUGGUUCAAGGCUAGCUGAUCUCGAGACGAGCUUGGAUCCAUCUCUGUCUAUGCGGAAACUGCGAAACUACCAAUUCACCAUAGCUGAUCUAUGUCACUACGGAUUUCUAGGAAGCGUGCUCCUUUUUGUUUUCAUAAUAAAUCCCGCCGGCUGGCUUGCUAAGAUAGCACUGUAUCUGGUUUUCGCUGCGCUUUUUCUAAUACCUGCGACUUCUCAAUUUUUCUUCAACGCUUUGCCGAUCUUUACAUGGCUUGCUCUCUACUUUACUUCUUCCUCUUUCAGUGCCGCACACAGACCGCCAAUAACAGUCCAAGUCCUUCCAGCUAUCGAGACUAUUUUAUAUGGGGAUAAUCUCAGUGAUAUAUUGGCAGCGUCCUUGAAUAAACCUUUGGAUUUUUUUGCUUGGGUUCCAUACGGGCUCUUUCAUUUUGGCGCACCUUUCGUUGUUGCGAUAAUACUAUUUUUAUGUGGACCACCCACUAUUUUAAGAGGGUAUGCUUUCGCUUUCGGCUACAUGAAUCUCUUAGGUGUGAUUUCACAGAACCUAUUCCCAGCUGCCCCCCCUUGGUACAAGAUCUUGUAUGGUCUCACACCCGCCAACUACAGUAUGAAAGGAUCACCUGGUGGGCUUAGAAGAAUUGACGAAUACUUGGGAAUCAACCUUUAUUCAGAUGGAUUUUCGAACUCGGCAGUAAUCUUUGGCGCUCUGCCCUCUUUACACUCUGGAUGUGCCACGAUGGAGGCAUUGUUUUUUUCUUACGUUUUUCCAAAGCUUACGCCGCUUUUCAUAUUCUACGUGUGUUGGCUAUGGUGGUCAACCAUGUAUCUGACACAUCAUUAUUUUGUCGAUCUCAUGGCCGGUUCUGUCUUGUCGUACGCUAUAUUCCAGUACACCAAAUACUAUCAUCUUCCACUUCCAGAAACUUCGGUGUACUCUCGAUGGACUUAUGUCGAAAUAAAGAAGUUCAGCUUAUGGUUUGCCGACCCGUUGAAUGCCGACGACAGUGAUGUGGAGAAUAUUUUUGUGCCAACGAUACUUGAAAAUGACUUUGAAAUGAAUUCAAUGGAAGACAGUGAGCCACCAUCUAUUUUUGACAAUAACAGGUCAGUAUCGCGCUCUUCUGCUACGUCCAACACUUCUCUCGAAGCGCAAGAUGAGCUGGUAACGUCAUCUAGAACCAAUAAGAAAGAAUAG